AAGAGAGCGGAGAAUACACAACAACACACUCCACAAUACGAGAGAAAUAUCUCAUCUUUGAGUUUUGACUCGCGCGACCCCACACGGAGGGGAUGGGCGGCUACGAGAACGGCGACUCGCCGGCGGCGGCCGCCGCCGGGGAGGGCGGCGUCAUCCUGGGCGUCGACGGGGGCACCACUAACACCGUCUGCGUCUGCCUGCCGGUCGCAAUGCCGCCGCCGGAGUCGCCCGCCGCCGUCCCCGUCUUGUCCCGCGCCGUCGCCGGCUGCUCCAACCGCAACUCCGUCGGAGAAAGUGCUGCACUGGAAACUCUAGAACAGGUCAUGGGACAAGCCCUCAUGAUGGCCAACACAGAUCAUUCAGCCGUCCGCGCAGUUUGUUUAGCUGUAUCUGGAGUUAACCAUCCAUCUGAUCAGCAGAGGAUGCUGGACUGGAUUAGAGAUAUCUUCCCUGGCCAUGUCAAGUUUUAUGUGGAAAACGAUGCGGUGGCUGCCCUGGCUAGUGGUACAAUGGGAAAGCUUCAUGGUUGUGUAUUGAUAGCGGGUACAGGAAGCAUAGCUUAUGGGGUCACGGAAGAUGGAAAAGUAGCAAGAGCUGCUGGUGCUGGGCCUGUUUUGGGCGACUGGGGUAGUGGAUAUGGCAUUGCUGCACAGGCCCUGACAGCAGUCGUAAAAGCAUAUGAUGGACGUGGACCACAUACUAAUCUUACAAGACAGAUCCUUAGGAAACUUGAGCUUUCUUCACCAGAUGAAUUGAUUGGGUGGACGUAUGCAGAUCCAUCUUGGGCCCGUAUUGCAGCACUUGUUCCUGUUGUGGUAUCUUCUGCUGAAGAUGGUGAUGAAGUAGCAAACAAAAUAUUGCGUGAUUCAGUGCAAGAGUUAGCUGAUAGUGUUGUUGCUGUUGUUCGUCGCCUCACAUUGUGUGGUGAAGAUGGAAAUGACCAAUUUCCACUUGUUUUGGUUGGAGGUGUCCUCGAAGGCAACAAAAAAUGGAACAUUAGUGGUGAGGUUGUAAGAUGUAUUUCCGAAGUCUUCCCAGGUGUCCAUCCUAUUCGACCUGAGGUGGAACCAGCAAUUGGUGCAGCAUUACUUGCAUGGAGCUAUCAUCGUAAAGGACUGAAACUGGAAAACGGAAGUUGAUUUCUAGCAUAUCAAAUUAUUUCAACUGUAAAUUACAGAACUAAACAACCAAAGGAUGAAUAAGAUUGGAAUGGUGAGACAGGCUCAUUCAUCAGCACCAGGGUGGCUGCUGCGUGAAGAAUGGAUGGAUGUGUUUUCUGUGCAGUGUGUAAGCGGGGAACAUACAUUUCUGAUGUAGUUAAUUAGCGUGUUCAAAGAAUUAUUCACGACAUUUGGUUCUAACUCUUGGUGACUUGUACGAAUGCUAUUAGAGUUCCAAGAGAAACAUGUAUGAAUAGGCCAUGUUAAAAUGUGUAUUUUUUUACCUUUUCGGUUAACUUGGUCUCUGUUUGAUCGAAAUGCCGAAGUGCCCAACUGAUCCAAUCGUC